GACUGGAGAGCACAGCAGCCACUCGCCUGAAAUUGAGUAGAAUUCAUUGAAUCUGCGGAUUUCAUGACGUUUCCCUGCGUUGUCCAACACUUUUCUCUCUGCCUGUGCUUUUUUAUUCCGCCCGGGUCUUCCCCACCCACCCCCCUCCCCACCCCCUGCUGUCUGAUCUCCUCCAGGUCUCAUUUAACUCUGUCCUAGCAACACAGAGCGUAUUGGACUUGAAUACUGCACCUGGCUGUGUAUGUGGGGAAGCCAAGCUGGAUCAAGAGGUGGGCGAGCAGAGGGGAGGAUGGAGGCGCGAGAGAGCAGCUUAGGGUCGAGGUAAAACUGAGCAUCAUCAUCUUAUUGUUUAACCCAUCAUUGAGUGAACCAUCAGCCAGCAACAUCCUGCUCCAUUCCACAAAGAAAAUCAUGAUCGAAUGAAAACAACGUGCCCCAAACAGGAGAAGCACAAAAGAGAAAGAGAUGGCCAAAUUGACAGAGUCGAUGACUAGCGUAUUUGAAGAAGACUCAAUGGAGCAGGAUGUGGAGAGCCCUGUCACGAUACAGCAGCCAAAGUUGCCCAAACAAGCUAGAGAUGAUCUUCCAAAACACAUAAGCAAAGUAUGUACCAAGAGAAAAAUUCAGAGGUAUGUUAGGAAAGAUGGGAAAUGCAACGUCCACCAUGGGAACGUGAGAGAGACUUAUCGUUAUCUGAGUGAUAUCUUCACUACCUUAGUCGACCUCAAAUGGAGGUUCAACCUUUUGAUUUUUGUCAUGGUUUACACGGUGACGUGGCUCUUCUUUGGAAUGAUCUGGUGGCUAAUUGCUUACAUCCGAGGUGAUAUGGAACAUAUAGGAGACAAUACAUGGACCCCAUGUGUCAGUAACCUCAAUGGGUUUGUCUCGGCCUUUUUAUUCUCAAUAGAAACAGAAACCACCAUCGGGUAUGGUUAUCGGGUCAUCACGGACAAAUGUCCCGAGGGAAUUAUUCUGCUUUUAGUUCAGUCUGUUUUAGGUUCUAUUGUCAAUGCUUUCAUGGUUGGUUGCAUGUUUGUGAAAAUAUCCCAGCCCAAGAAGAGGGCAGAAACCCUGGUCUUUUCUACCAACGCAGUCAUUUCCAUGCGGGAUGGGAAGCUGUGCCUGAUGUUCCGAGUAGGGGACCUUAGGAAUUCACACAUUGUGGAGGCAUCAAUACGAGCCAAGUUGAUCAAAUCUAAACAGACAAAGGAGGGGGAAUUUAUACCACUCAACCAGACAGAUAUCAACGUAGGUUAUUACACAGGGGAUGAUCGUCUCUUUUUGGUUUCACCACUGAUCAUCAGCCAUGAAAUUAACCAGCAGAGUCCUUUCUGGGAGAUUUCCAAAGACCAGUUGCCCAAAGAGGAACUAGAAAUUGUUGUAAUUCUAGAAGGCAUGGUGGAGGCAACAGGAAUGACAUGCCAAGCUCGAAGUUCUUAUGUAACCAGUGAGAUCCUGUGGGGUCAUCGUUUUACACCUGUCCUCACGCUGGAGGAUGGAUUUUAUGAAGUUGACUACAACAGCUUUCAUGAAACAUACGAGACCAACACACCGUCUUACAGUGCCAAAGAACUGGCAGAGAUGGCCAGCCGAGCAGAACUGCCCCUGACUUGGUCUGUGUCCAGCAAAUUAAACCAGCACACUGACCUGGAAACUGAAGAGAGGGGAAAGAACCACGAAGACCAAACCGAAAGGAAUGGUGAUGUGGCAAAUUUAGAGAAUGAAUCCAAAGUUUGAACCAGCAGAGGUUCACCACACAACCUCUUUUUCUUUUUGAUCCUUCCCUUUUUUAUUAUUAUGACAAGAAAAGAAAUAUUUAAGGUUUGACAUGUCUACCUGCCCAAACAAAUCAAGUGAUUCCUAAAAUAAGCAAAGACAUGAGUUAAAGCUGCAAUAUCCCUUACAUACAAUGAAAUCUCUGAUCACUGCCCUUCCAAUAAUUGCAUAUUUCCUCUGGAUAAAUACAAGUUCACCACCACAGGUGUGUUUAAAAAGGAACCAAAAAAGGGGGGGGGAGGGGGAAAAACUCAUUAUCUGGGGUAAUAAAAGGAAAAAGACUGAUUAAUGUUUGUUAAUGCUAUGGGCCUUGGCUCUAAUUUUUAUAUAUUUGAAGAUAGUUUCAUAAACAGGAUGUGAUGCCUCCAAUGAAAAUGGGCAUUGCAGCUUUAAGACUGAGGUGAGCAGAAAGAGCUGCAGCUCAACAGGAUACUGUACAUAUGCCUUAUGUAAUUACUUGCUCUUUAAAUUUCAUAAUAAACCCAGCAUGUACAAAAGUACUGUAGUAAAGAACUUCUAAAUAAUGUACAGAGAUGUGUAAUUAAUGUAGGUUUCGAUACAUAAGUCUAGAAAUAUUGGGAUGCAAAAAAUUGAAUCGGCAUUUCUGGUUUAAUCUUUGGAGUAUGUUAGCUUCUUCCCUAUAUAUCUGGCCCUUUUCGUGCCCAACAUUUUCUUCAGUGUACCAGACCGGCAGCUAGUUAGAAGCCCUCACUGUCUCCCUAACAAAUCAUUUUACGGAUUCUCAAAAGCCAUAAAAGUCUGGGGGAGGGCAGGGUGGAGAAAUUGAAACAUUACUGAGAUACUGUGAAACUGUUUACAAAAAUGAUUCUAUCUUUUGUAAUAUUACAGGGUAAACCAUUCCUGGCUAUUUUUGGCAGUUCAGCCUGAAUUAGACUGUGGCAGACUCUUGGAAAACACAAGCAUCUCCGGUAUGCUGCUAAUACAAAGAGCAUGUUCAUGUUGGGCUAGGACCCUGUAAGUGCACUACCGUAGGAAACUAUUCUAUUUUUCCCCAAACCAUUGGAUUAAAACUAUGUAGUUUUCUAUGUAAACAGCAUAAGCCAUUAAAAAUUCUGAAUGUUAUUCAUAGGUAAGUAGGGAACACUUUUAACUACUUGGUCUGGGAAGACAUAAUUGAAUUUCAUCUAAAGUUGUCGUCAAUGAGAUUCAUUCAUUAACAUCAUUAGCACUUUGUUGGUCCUGAAAAUUCCCAACAGGCUUUCUGGCCCUAGGUAAUUUUCGUCAGGGUUUCUCAUAUAAAAGCCCACUCCUAACAUCUCUAUUCAAAUGAGUAGACCCUCCCACCUUUACUCAUAUUGGGCCAAAUCCUCAGCUGAUUUGAAUAAUUUUGAUUUGAUGCAACAGAACUAUGAUGAUUUGCAUGAUUUACACCAGCUGAGGAUCUUGCGCAUAGAGUAGUACCUAACUUCUCAAAAGCACUCAGUGUGAGGUAACUCACAGUGUAUGGUAUUACUCAAUGUAAGGAUUGUUGCAUCAGGCCCAGUAUGCAUAAAAUAGUAUUAAUUCAAGUAAGAGACUCCCAUAGACUUCAACGGGCUUUGGCUCUGGCCCAUAAAGAGUACCAUUUCCCUCAGUCAGGAGAAAAACAAACUGCAGCCUUAAUUUUCUUUUGGUACCUGCCUAGUCUGGAAAGGAAAAAUACACUGAAAAGAAUUUAAAGGGGUUUUUUUGUACAGAAGCUUUUAAAUUCAAAUAGAAGGAAAAAACCUCAGGAGAAACCUAGUGGACAGGUGGAAAUUUUGCACUGUGAUAUAUCCUUCACAUUAAUUUCACAUCUAUACACUGUUUUUACUGCAACACAAUUGCCCAUCCUUAAUUUUCAUUGAGUCGUUAAGAGUUGAUUUGGCCCCUACAGCUAAGAUGGUCUCCAGGCGGAGGUUUUGCACACCUGGAUCACACCAAUCAAAACAGCUAAGCCUCGUGUUUGCUUUAUUUUUGAAAAUUUUCCUGAACAGGUUUUCACAAAGAAGCUACUCGUACAAUUCCACAAUUUAAGCAAUUGUUCAAAAGAUAUAUUUUCAUCCCCUCCACUAGGAUGACUGAUUUCAUCAGGUAGUUACAGAUUGCUGCUUAUUUUCAUUUAGUUUGGCAAAAACUGGUUUUGCUACAGACUCUUUUAAAAUACAAUGGUACCCUUUGUUUACUGACACGGUGUCAGAACCUGCUCAGUACUACGGUUUAUACAGCACACCCUGUUUUUUAGGCUGUUCUUGAGAGCCAAGGAAUUCACACAGUAGAGCAGGGUGUAUGUGUGCUUCUUAAGGUGUUUUAAAGGAGGAGUGACUCUGAAAUUUCAUUGGAGAACACUAGUCGCACAUCAGAGAUAGUCUUCUAAGGGAGAGAGCCCCGUAGCAAAGAUACUUGCUAAAAGUAAUGAAGCACCACCUGUGGGGGUGGAGGGGGCUUGGUCUGUGUGUGUCAGCCUGUAGUCCUAGAGCAGAGUACAUGAGUUUAAAGCAGAGAACUCCUCAUAGGAUUAAUCUGCUUUUUGCUCUUGUGAUUUACUGGGCCCGUCUAUAAUCCAUCGCUGCAGUUUAAGAAGAGCUUCUCGUGUUCAAUAAAACAGCGGCUUUUAAACCUUUUUGUGCCCUUUAGUACAAAAAAAUAGACUUUAUGCUAUUAGGGCAUGUGCAUGGGUAAGUUAUAUUUUUGUGACUAGGGCACUUAAAGCAUAAGGUCUCUCUCUGUCUCUGGUUGUCUUUGCUAUUAAUGUGAUAUGAAAUGUAAAGUUUACAAAAACUCUCAUUUUUGUAAUGUAAGCUUAAAAACAAAAAGUCUCCAAGGGUUUCAACUGGAAAGCUUCACAGAAACUUUGUACUAUAAUGUCCCUAUCAAACACCUCUAUUUUUCUACAAUGAUUGAUUAAGCAGUUUAACAAUGUAUUUUGUGUCAACAACUUCAACUGAACUGUUAAAAACAAUUAAGAAUUGAAUGCUGUUAAUUAACAAUGGAUUUUCAAAGCUGACCGUACUGAGUGGUGUUUUUCAUUACUACGGUAUAUACAUUUACCUGAUAAUUUUGACUCAUGCUCUUAUUAAAACAAUAUAUUUGGAAAUGCCAAUGCCCAGUAAUAUUGUUGGCAAAUCAAAUUUAAGGAACAUAAAUAAUGUGACAUUUUUAUGUGAGUAGCUAGCUACAUAAGCAACCAAAAUCCAUCCAAAGCUCCUAUUUCUCUGUAUUUCACUAAUACAGUAAGGGAUCUUUUUCUUAAAAUCUAUUGUGAAAUUGAUGAGAUAGUGACAAUAUUCAAAGAUAUAUGCAAUAUUUCAGCAACUUUUCAUACUGCUAGAUUCUGCCUACUUAGGUAGCUAGAGUACACGAGAGUACUCUAGCUUAGGUACGCUGGAGCAGUUUCUUUGUAUAGACCUCUUCCAGAUGACUAUCGUGCAACUCUCAGUCUUUUUCCUGUAUAGCAGGGGUUUCUGGUUCAUGUUCAUUUUUCUGCACCCACAUUUUCUGGGUCAGAUCAUCAGCUGGUGUAAAUUGGCAUAGGUGUACUGACUUUAAUGGAGCUACAUGAAUUUAUACCACCUGAGGACCUGACCCUCCAUGUUUAUUUUAAGGCAAGUUCUGGUGUAUUAUUUUAGGAAUAAAAAUGGUAUUCCUUAAAUUACAACAAAGCUGGCCACUCUGGGAGUUGAACUUCUAGGCCCUGAUCCUGCAAAUACUUAAACACGUGAGUAACGUUAUGCACAUGAGCAAUCCCUCUGAAAUCAAUUUGUGUGAGCAAAGUUACACACAGGUGUAAGAGUUUGCAGGUUCAAAGGCAUAGUGAGACUGGUAGGUCUGUUAGGAUCACAGAUUCCAUCUGCAAACAAUUUUCAACAAUGCACAAAUUUACGAUUUGGGGUAUUUUUGGUGUACGUUUCAUCAAAAUCUAUUUUGAAAUUUUUUGCUGAGUGGCAUUGAAAUUUGAAAGCGGAAACCCUAUUUAUAACUUUAAAAAGAAAUUUCCAUAUGUAUAAAGUGACUUUCUGAUCACAUGACAAUGAUUUUAGUCACCCUUUCUGUUUCCCACUAGGAGAAAGUAUAUACCAUUUUCUUUUAAUAAUACUGGAAAGGCACGAGCAGGAGGUGGCACUAAAUCUUAGAGUCUUAAUUCAGACUUGCUCCAAAUAGCCUUGCUGUAUUCAAGAGGCUGAGGUGUAACAACCCUUAUUUUGUAUCUAGUGGGGAUUUCUAAAUCAGAUACAAUGGAAAAAUGUAUUUCAGUAUUUUCUUUUCUCAAUACAUCUUUGCUGUCAGGCAGUUUUGAAGAUGGUUUGUCUUCUGAAAUUCUGAUACUAUGUGACAUCAUUCUGAUAACAUGAUGCAAAUCAUAUACAAUAGAAGAAAAUACAGCUGGACUCUCACUAUGAGCAGGGGCGGAUUAGGGUUUUGUGGGGCCCCUGGGAUUCCCCCCUGCACACACACCCCUAUCACAGUGCUCCUGCCAGGGAAAUGGUUCGGGGCACAGGGGCUUGCCCCAUUCCACACGCUUGGCACUCCUGCUGGGGAGUGGGGUCGGGGGCUUUCCCCAUUCCGCCUGGCAUUCCAGCUGAGGAGUGGCAUCAGCGCACAGGGGCUUGCCCCGUUCUGCCCACCCACCUGCCCCCCGUGCAGGGUGGGCAGAGCAGGGAAAGCCCCCGGGCUCCGAUCCCACUCCCUGGCUGGAGCACCAGGCAGGCGGAGCAGGUUAGGGUGUGGGGACACCCAUUUUUCUGGGGCUCCCCAAUUGGCCAGGGCCCCUGGGCACAGGCCCCAUUGGCCCAGUGGCUAAUCCACCAUUGACUGUGAGGAAAGGGAAUGACAUUAAUGACAGUUGGGGGAACUAUUUGACACAGAUUUGGACUUUGUGAACUAAAUUCUUCUAUCCCUCCUUUGGGGGGAGGGAUAGCUCAGUGGUUUGAGCAUUGGCCUGCUAAACCCAGGGUUGUGAGUUCUAUCCUUGAGGGGGCCAUUUAGGGAUCUGGGGCAAAAAUUGAGGAUUGGUCCUGCUUUGAGCAGGGGGUUGGACAAGAUGAUCUCCUGAGGUCCCUUCCAACUCUGAUAUUCUAUGAUUCUAAUGCAAGAGCCUAAGGAUCUCUCGUUUAGUUUAAAGGAUUGUGUUUCAUGCCCCUGAACAAAAAUUUAAACUAAAUAUUAAAAAUGUAGACACUAACAAUAUAUCCAUCUUCCCUCUCUCCCACCCACCACUUCAAACUCCACUGGAUUUUCAGAAUCACUUGUAUGGGUGACUAUAGCGUAACUGAGUCCUGCUUCACCAUUAGCAGAUGUAUUGUAAGCAAGACACGAGAAGUAUUCUUCCACUCUACUCCACGCUGAUUAGGUCUCAACUGGAGUACUGUGUCCAGUUCUGGGAGCCACAUUUCAGGAAGGAUGUGGACAAAUUGGAGAAAGUCCAGAGAAGAGCAACAAAAAUGAUUAAAGGUCUAGAAAACAUGACCUAUGAUGGAAGAUUGAAAAAAAAUGGGUUUGUUUAGUCUGGAGAAGAGAAGACUGAGAGGGGACAUGAUAACCGUGUUCAAGUAUGUUAAAGGUUGUUACAAGGAUGAAGGAGAAAAAUUGCUGUUCUUAACUUCUGCAGAUAGCACAAGAAACAAUGGGCUUAAAUUGCAGCAAGGGAGGUUUAGGUUGGACAUUAGGAAAAACUUCCUAACUGUCAGGGUGGUUAACCACCGGAAUAAAUUGCCUAGUGAGGUUGUGAUAUCUCCAUCAUUGGAGAUUUUUAAGAGCAGGUUAGACAAACACCUGUCAGGGAUGGUCUAGAUAAUACUUAGUCCUGCCUUGAGUGCAGGGGACUGGACUAGAUGACCUCUCGACGUCCCUUCCAGUCCUACACUUCUAUGAUGAUUCUCUCAGAGAUUUACUGUAUGUUGAUACCCCAGAUGGCAUGUAGAUGUAACACUUAUCAUAGCAAAAGACAAACUCUGUUCUAAAACCCGGCAAAGUAUGUAUUUCAUCUCACGGGUGUGAAAUUACUUUUCUAUUUUAAGCAAAUUGACAAAUGCACAUCUCACUUCUGGCCCAUUCCCCCCUAAUGUGAGAAUAACCCACACAGCAGAGUCAAAAUUCAGAGUUUCAUUUUGUGUAAUCUGCUUUGAAUUCUUCUGUCAGAUGGGCACAAUUGCCAGCUCCUUCCUUUGCCUCCCAGUGAAGAUGCCAGUGAUUCCAGCCCCAAACCUGCAGCUCUCAUAGGAUCUGCUGGAGGAAAGGGGUAAAUCCACCUCAGCCGCAUUCCCAAGCCAUAAAAAGGAAGCCUCUCAAGUGACUGUGGCCUCUGUUUGAAGUUAUUUGUGGUGGCAUCAUUUGCAGAUUGAAUGGGAGGAACUGAUGGGGAGCUACUGGUCCCAUCCCAUCCAUUCCAGCCUGUUAAAACUGAACCACUCUGGACUUCCACAGGGCCUGGGAAAACAAGGAUGCAUGGUAUUGAGGCAAGUGUCCUCACUUCCACAUCCCUUGCCUCCUGCCGUAGCAGGGAUCUGCUGAAACAUGAGGGCCUGAGGUCCUCACUGACAGAUCUAUGUUAAAUGACUUGUGAUGCAGGGAUUGGGAUUGUCAUUUUCCAAGCACCACCCAUAAUGAAAGGAUUAUAGCAUACUGUGCUGAUUGAUCCAUUUGACAUGUACAGUACAUAAAGCUCUUAGGUGGGAAAAAAGUAUACAUUAUCAAAACUCACAUUUUAUACUUAUACAUAGUUCUGCUGAAUGAUAAGUGAUCUCUCUAAGAAUAUGUCUACAAUCAAAUUAGAUUCCAAGGUAAACUUAUGUUAAAGUAAAAACCACCAGUAUCUCACUUGAAAUUUUUAAUCAGAAGGGAUUGGUUGGGUCAGGGAAAAACAAAUGUGUUACUUCUAAGUCAUUAGAAUGAAUUUGGCUCAGGCCAUAAUGAAAAUUGGUAUCCUCUGCCAGCAACAUUUUAGGCUCAUGUGAAAAUUUUCAGAAGUAGAGCAAAAAGUUAAGAUCCUAAAUCCACAGUUAGGCACCUGCCUAAUUUUCAGAAGUACUGAAGAUCCAAAAACUCCCACUGAUUUCAGUGGGAACUGCUGGGCGCUGAACCCUUUUGAAAAAUCAGGCCACUUAGUUGGGUGCCAAAGUAAGGAUCUUGGCCCUUCUGUUUGCUCUUACUUUUUAAAAUCCCGAACGUGGUGGUCUCAGGAGAGGCAUCCACAUCAAUGAAACACCACCAGAAUUAAUACCUCCAUUCAGCAAACCACUUAAGCAUGUGGUUAACUUCAACCAUGUGCUUUAAGUCCCAUGGGAGUAUUCAGAUGCUUAAAGUUAACCACAUGCAUAAGUGCUUUGGUGAUGUAAGGCCUAUGCACCCUUCUUUGCACACUCGCUAAAGAGAAUCAUAGAAUCAUAGAAUAUCAGGGUUGGAAGGGACCUCAGGAGGUCAUCUAGUUCAACCCCCUGCUCAAAAGCAGGACCCAUACCCAAUUAAAUCAUCCCAGCCAGGGCUUUGUCAAGCCUGACCUUAAAAACUUCUAAGGAAGGAGAUCAAAUGAAUGUGGAAGUUGAGCUUCGCUCUCCCUCUUAGAGAUGGUCUCUCUGAAUCAGGGUGCAGGGCAGGGAACCUGCAUUCCUGUUGCUUGUGCUGUACCUUUUCUGGGGGCAAAUGAAAGACUUCAGUCUCCCGAGCUGUCAACCCAGCUCAUUUCACCAACACAAAAUUUCAGAUUAAAAAAUAAUAAAAAAACAAAAUUUCUACUUAAGAGGUGAAGUGGCUCUUACUAGAUACAAAAGAUCCCUGACAAAUAUAGGAAGAAUUAGACUGAAUUCAAGUAUAUAUACAGUCAUAUAGGCCCAGACCCACCAAAGCACUUUAGCAAGUGAGUAGUCCCAUUAAAGUCAAGUGCUUAAAGUUACGCAUGAGCUUAAGUACUUUGCUGGAUCAGGGCCAUUUAAAAAAAUGUUAUCAAAGUAAAUGAAGACAUUUAUAAACUAUAGAAAAUUGUUAUAAAUAAACAGAGCAACAAAAAUAUACUAGAGCAGUGAAGUCGAAAACAAAGUUUAAAAAUACUGAAUAGUGCUGUUGAUCUGAACUCUGUACUGUAGGGGAAUCAGGAAAGAGGAUUUACAAUUCAUAUGUGUUUUCGCCUUUUCAUUCCUGAGACAGCAAUUAAAAAAAGAUACACUAAAUAGCUACUCUGUAAAGUUCAUGGCAUUUGAAAGAAAAAAAAUCUCAUGUUACAAAUCAUUAUGUAUCUGCUAUUACUGGCUUUUGCUACCAUCUAGAUGGCAAGGACUGAAACAUAUUUUUGUCCUGUGUCUGACACUAAGUGUCUAGUAAUAUCUAUGGUAUUGAUUAUAUACAAGCUUAUUGUGCCUUGAAAUGCAUGGAACAGCUUUACAAUAAAACUGAAGAAAAAUCUCAGAGAUCAAUCAUGUUGAUUCUAAUAAAUGUAAAGGGAGUCAAACUUUUACUUAGCUCAUUGCCCAGGUAAGAAACAACCUCACACACACAAAUUAAAAAAGGAAAAAUCUUGAGAGGAAAAAAAAACACGAGAGAUUUUCUUGUGAAAUUUAUAGGGCUCUGUUUCAUAGGACUAAGUAAAUGAAGAUCUUAACCUUUUCUUUUUUUAAAAAAAAAUAUAUAUAUAGUGUUUGGGCUCUUUUUUAUACAGUCAACAGUCUGAUUUGCUGGAUAAUUGUGUAACCAUGAAAAUAUUGAACUUUUCAAAGGAAUUCUAAUUUUUUAAAGAAAAAGUUUAGCAUGAUGCUUUAUUAACUAUUCCAGUUAAUUAGCACUGUUAAUGAGCACUAUUACAUUACCAUAUUAAUCAGUCAAUAUACCGUAAAAACUCUCAGGGCUAGACAUCUUUAGCAAUGCAGGUUAAUCUGCUCCCAUCCUUGCCAUUAUGGUAUCGAUUAGUUAGCUAUUACUUUAACUCUCAUGACAGUUAACAUUAAUUAAUUAAUGUGUAAUAGAAGCUGAAUUGCUCACAAGCAGAGCUGUUCAGGGGACACCAAAUCCAUUAUGCAGCUAAACAAGACUUUUUGAACAUUUGCACGAAAACAGAAUUGUGUUUAAAAGUAGAUGUUCAGAUCAAAACCUGAGUGUUUCUGUGUCUGAUGUGGGGAACCUGGAUCUCCCAAAUCUCACAGCAGUGAUCUAACCACCAAGCCAGAGAGACUCAGUCUCUCUCUCACCCUUGCACACACACCCCUUCAGAACAAAAACUUAACUAAAAUCAAAACAUUCCAGCCAGCUCUACUCAUGAGUUUGAUAGUGAGAUUCAAGGCCUUUCGCUAGUCACCAGUUUUAAUCUGACCCCAGCUGGUAGUGAUUGAAAGUCACUAUCAUAGGCCCUCGUGGCCUACUUGGAAUGAGCUGGUGAGUGAGUCCCGUUCCUAAUAGACUAACGUUCACAUCAGAAAAACACCAUCACAGCUGACAGACUUGUCAGCAGUAACACAGAGGCCAAGAUUUAAAAUAGCAUAAGUGAUUGUUCCUCCAGGUCAUGGCUGAGGCUCACUGGAUAAGAAGCGUGGGGAGACUUACAUUGCUGUCUUCUAUGUUGUACUUGUUCUGUGGAGAAACACAGAAUUUCAGAUUCCACUGUUACUCCUCUCACAAGAUCUGAUAAUAUUUCCUUGGGAUAAACAAUUGUCAGCGUCAAUUCUAAGUAGUCCUGAAAUAAGAGUGCCUUAAAAAAAAAACCCCACUUUCUUCCCUUUCUUCUCCAGAUGAACAUCUCCACUCUCCACAAACACAUAUUGUAGCUUCAUACCUCAUUUUUCACCACGUCAGCCUGGCAAGAGAGUGCUUUAUUGUCCUUCAUGAUAAAGGUACAAACGAUACGAGAGGACUCCAUCGACAGGCACGGUCUCCAAGAGCCAGUCCUAUUUGUGCAGCGCCCAAAGAUUGUUGAACCUUCUAUAAACCGCAGGUGAACAGAGGCUUCCUGUCAAUAAUUCAUUGUGUUGCUAGGCAUGUCACCUGUCAAUGCAGUAGCUUCACAGAAUCAGUACUCUUCUUGGAAGCACUGGAAAGUUCCUUCAACAUAGGAAAAAAUACAGUCGAGGGUUCACCUGGCAACUCUGUUCAACUGUGCUCUCUCAGCCUGCUUGCUCUUUCAGUGACACACACUGUUGACAGCCAUCUUGCUAAAAAAGUUUCCAAAUUGCUUUUCUAUUCUAUUCUAUAGAUGACCAGUAUAACAAUCACGGAACAAACUUGCAUGUUUAAUAUUAAAACAAAGGCCAACAAUUUCAAGUAUAGGUGCCCAAAAAUCUUCAAAAUGCAAAUCCACUAAUAGAGCUGUGUCUGUCUGGGUCAGAAAACAGCCUGAAACAAUAGCUCUGAAAGGUAUGGACUGUUACCAAUGAUCUCAGUGAGGUGUUAGCUCUGAACCCCAGUAUAAAAUAUAUUUACAUUAUUAACUAUUUAACUGCUGAUCAAAUCACACAAUAAAGACAAUAUUAUGAAGAUCUGCACACUCUGCUGUGAGUGACAUCUCAUUUUGGCAUCACAAGUCUGGAUUUCCAUUGAAUUCAAUAGAUGGACAAAUAAAGAUUUAGGUAACUAGUUUUAGGCAGCCAAGUUCAAGCCCUGGUUUAGAAGUUCCCAGCUACCAGAGUCACAAAUGCUGUCAUUUUUUGGAAAGAUGGCCACAGUUUAGAGUAGAUUCAGAAGUGACAAAUGUAAUUAAAAUCUCUAUUUACUCAAUUAAAGACUGAAGAUUUGGCCCACAGUCUACUAAUUCUGAGAAGUGCUUUUUACAUUUGGAACUUUUCCACUAAUGGGCAGCAUAAGGUAAGGGUGACGCUAAUACGAGUCCCCUGCUAUUAAAAGAUCUAAAGUUUUACUGAAUUACAAAAUAAAUCAUGCUUAAAUUUCAACAUAUAUCUCAGCUUCUAAAUAAUAAUAGAAUUUGGCUAGCAAAUUUGGAAGCAAGUUUAAUCUACCCAAGAUUUAUGGAAGUUCAUUAAUAAUAAUUAAAAGCUGCAAACAAUUCAUAGGACUAUCAAUAAGAAAACAUACUAAAAACAAACUCUCAGAAAUCAAGCCAAUGUUUCUACCCUUUCUUCAUUUCUCCGUUUAUGUGUAAACCACAAUUAACUAUCUAUGCUCAGGCUGCUAUUUAUACAAUUGUUCUAUCAUAUAAUAAGAGACUAUAACAGCUGGGAAUGGCUAAAAUACUGGUUUGGCUCCUGAACUAUCUUUGAAUCCUUUUGUAACUCCCUUGAAUCAGUUUCAAUGUAUCUUGCACGGGCAAUGAAAUGAAAGCACACUUAUUAUGGAAGCACAAGACAAACGUGUAUUUAGAAAAUUUACAGUGCCACAUUUUUAAAAUAUAAACAUCUUUGUGAAACUACUGUUACAAAAACAGUUUACACAUUGGGGGAAGUUUUCGUCUUUUGGCUGGAACAAUAAAUAACUUUGGACAUGG